CAACACACACACACAGACACACAUACACUCAGGUGACGUCAGGCAGCCAUUACACGACUCGUUGCUGGAACCUUCCCGUCUCCAGCCUGUGCUUCAAUCGAGCUGUGUCACUUUGCGGUAUAUAGUGGUUGGGUGGACGGCCCGGCAUUACUUGAGUAGCCAGUGACGAGAAGCGAGGAGCGUGGACUGAGCUGAGGAGUGUUUGGUUCGUCUUUUUACUUCAGUUGUGGAACAGCAACACAGCACCAUGCCAGAGGAGGCCAGCAUGAGCUUCAAGGUGUAUCUGGACCUGGGUGGUGGCAAGCAAGAGGUGCGAAGGUUUGGCCUGCCGGAGACUGUGGCCACCAACUACAAUGUCUUGCGGGAGAAGAUCUGCAGCAUCUUUGGUCUCUCUAACCAGGAUGCCCUUCUCUCCUGGAAGGAUGCUGAAGGUGACUCAAUCACCAUAUCCUCCGAUGAUGAGUUGAUGGAAGCCGUGGCAGACAGUGUCAGCAAGUCAAGUGUUCAGUUGGUGCGCAUUAACGUGACUGAAGGCAACAGUCGCUCCCAGCUACCCCCCACCAGCCCCAGUGGUCCUCAGGGUAACCAGCAGGGUGAAGUGCACCCUGGAGUGACCUGUGACAGCUGCAAUGGGAGGGUUCAGGGCUUCCGCUACAAGUGUGUUACCUGCCCUGACUUUGACCUGUGUGGUGCUUGUGAGACCAAGGGCCAGCACAAGGAGCACAGAAUGAUGCGCUUUCCUAAACCACAAGAUGCAGGAGGCCCAUGGUUCUUCUGGAAGGAGAAUGAGGAUGGACCAGGCCACUACUCAACUCACUUUGGGAUGCAUGGCAAGGGUGGAGGUGGAAACUUCUCCUCUUCAUCAUCAUUCGGCAUUGAUGUGGAAGUUGCCGUGGAGCACAAUGGCAUCCGACAGCGAUGCAGUCUUGGAGAAAAUGUUCCCACAGGUCAACAGAGCAACACUUCUGCUGGCCCUGCCAGGGAGCCAGAGUCCUCAGCAGCAUCUGUAACAUCAGGGGGAAGUGUGCACAUGGAGGUGCAGACAGAAUGCCCCUCAGGCUCCCAGAACAAAGAUGUAGAAGGCAUGGAUGUAUCCAGCCCAGCUCCACAGGCCAGCCAGAGUGGUGGUGAGCAAAUGGAAGGUCACUCUGGUUCCCCUGAGCCUGAGGAUUGGAUGCUAGUGAAUCAGGACACCUCCAGUGAGGCUUCUGCUCCUGUGUCAGAAGCUGCACCUCAGACAGAGAAGGGAGAGAAGAAAGUGUCCUACCCAGACUUGGCUGAACUGACUCCUCAUCCUGAUCCUAAGAUACAGCGAGCCCUGGAGAACAUGUCAGCAAUGGGGUACAGCAAUGAUGGAGGCUGGCUCACCAACCUCCUGGAGAUGAAGCAGGGAGACAUCAACCAGGUGCUGGACCUCCUGCAGCCAGUCAAUAAGUAGUGUGGCAGAGAGUAUGCAACUAAUGGCUGUGUUGGGUGGUUGUGGAUGAAGUAGUUAUUGUAGGCAGAGAUCAUGUUGAAUGUGAACUGUCAUUACUUUAAGAGGAUGUAAUGGCUUAUAAAGUGCUGAUUCAGUUCUAAGGAAUGGAGGAAAUAAAGUUUAAUAUUAAUAUUUUGUUAGAGGCAUGCAUGAGGUAUUUAUUCAGAGAAAUAGGAAAUUAUGUUGAAAUAAUAUAGACCCUAGAUUUAGAAAGUGUGAAUUCAUCCAUGUAUGAUAAAGAUACUACUGCUGAAUACUUUUUGUGUAGACUUCAGAGCAUAUAAUGUAUUGAUGUUGUACAACUAUAAACCUAAAGACUACCAUAAAGAAAAACAUGCUAUUUCAGUCAUAAUUAUUGGAGAAAGUACCUCAUAUAUGAAUAUAAGCACACCCUUUUUUCCCAGCACUAUUUUAUGGCAUAUAAGACCUAGUUUCAUUUAUUCUUGUUUUGCUUUUUAAUAGGCAUAUUUUGUCAACACCAUCAUAGUGUGAACAUUUAUUAGUGUACCAGAAUAAAUAUAAAGCCUUUGGUUACACUGAUUUGCUUUUGAUAGGCUAAUGAUAUAGUCUUCUGUGUGAUGCUGAUAUCUAUUCUGACUGUGCACCAAUAUAUUAUAUUUAUAUAAACAUGCUAUACUACUAUUACUUUGCUGGUUGUUGGUUCCUGUCAUGAAUGUAGUCACUUGUAGUUACCAGGCAGUUGUAGUAAGGGGCAAACAUGACUCUACACGUUUGUUGUUGUUAGAAGUAAAAAAACAGGUUGAUCUAUGACUAACGGUUAGGGCAAACUUGAUCCAGUGUCACUGUGAGAGGGAAAACCUUAUCUUUCAAGUUAUGGUAAAAUGCCACUGUGUUCUAAGUGACCACUGACUAUUGUGUUAACUUGUAACUGUUAGUUACUAUAGAGAUCUAAUGGUGUUCCUCAUUAUAGCGCCUACAUAUUACAUUUUUUCCUUGAACUCUGCAAAUAUUUUUAAAAGGUACUGCUUGGUACACUGCAUGGUUUUAUUGUUCAGCAUAUGUUGCUUCACAUAACUGCAUUGGUGAUGAGAUGUGGCCAGUGUCAAGUGGUCUAAGUUGUAUUCAGUGGAUUUAUUUAUUUGCAGUGCCUAAUUGAGUUUCAGAAAGUUGCAGUGCUGCAUGUGGAGAUAUUCAAACAGUAACAGCAACACAGCUUGCUUUGAAAUCGAAAAGAAUUAUGUUUUUAGAUUUGUCAUGAGCUAUAUAUACCAGAAAUGAGUUGUCUUUUUAUAAUUUUUUUUAAGUGUGUUGUAGAAAGUCUCCAAAUUGAAGAAAAAUUCAACUUGAUAAGUAUGAACCAUAUUUUUUUAUAUGUGAAAGCUUACGUUUAUCGAGGAAAUUCAAUAAAUGGUAAAAGAAAA